CUUCAAUGAGAAGAGGCAGGACACCACAGGUAGUAAGAACACAUGUGCCUCCCAGAGCUGAGAGGAUGACUGUUGAUCAGGACUGGACCAGUGUUUAUCCAACAGCAGCUGCAUUUAAACCUGCCUCUGUGCCUCUCCCAAUUCGAAUGGGUUACCCAGUGAAGAGAGGAGUACCUCCACCGAAAGAAGGCAACUUAGAACUUAUAAAGAUUCCCAAUUUUUUGCAUCUUACUCCUCCUGCAAUUAAGAAACACUGUGCAGCUCUUAAAGAUUUCUGCACUGAAUGGCCAAAUGCUUUGGACAGUGAUGAGAAAUGUGAACAGCAUUUUCCUAUUGAAAUUGAAACAGUAGAUUAUGUUUCUUCAGGGACAUCUAUUCGUAAUCCCCAAGCAAGAGUGGUGACUUUAAGGGUUAAACUUUCUAACCUGAAUUUGGAUGAACAUGCAAAGAAGAAGCUCAUUAAACUUGUAGGAGAGCGGUACUGUAAGGAUACAGAUAUGCUCACAAUUACAACGGACAGGUGUCCGCUGAGAAGACAGAACUAUGACUAUGGCAUACACCUCCUCACAGUUUUGUACCAUGAGUCUUGGAAAACUGAAAUGUGGGAGAGCGAGAAGACUGAGGAAGAUAUGGAAGAGUAUAUCUGGGAAAAUAGCUGCUCUCAGAAAAAUGCCUUGGAUACGCUGCUUCGAAUAAAAGCCUCAGAGAAUGUCAGUAAUGUAACUAAGGAAGAGCUUCUUGCAUCUGAAGUGGUUAAGAAUUACAGAAACUCUGUAAUUGCACUGAAAAAUGAAGGUGAAACAGAAAAUAACGUAUCUCAGUAUAAGGAAUCUGUGAAGAAACUAUUAAAUAUACAAGCAUUAUCAUGAAAGCAGGCUCUGCAGGUACACCUGAUUGUUACGGAGGUGUUAAACUACUAUGUUAAUAUUUCUAUAUGAGAUGGA